UCAACUAUAAAUUAGUCAUCUGUUUUACAUGUAAUAUACUUUGAGAGCUAAUAACAAUAUACGUAAUUCCUUUGGUGCAGACUAGAGACCAUGCAAUCACGACAGACCUUUGGACAGAGGAAAGGACAAACACACACUACAUCACCGUUACAGUCCAUUACAUCUUGGAUGGGAAGAUGGUGAACCGUAUUCUGGCCACAAGGGAGAUGGAGGGUGUCAAAUCUAAUGAACACAUCAGAGGGACUGUGGAGAAAAUCCUUCAGGAAUUUGGCAUCCUGAGCAAGCACACUGUGUUUGUGACAGAUAAUGGCUCAAACAUGAUCGCUGCUUUCAAGGAUUAUGUGCGACUCUCCUGUGCCGGCCAUAAUAUCAACUUGAUCUUAAAACACGUAUUUGACCACUUGGAUGAGGACAACCCAGUACACAGCAGCGUCAUCAAGCUGUUUAAGGACGCAAAGACCCUGGUCACACAUUUCAAAAGGGCAGGGUUACAAAAAGCACUGGACCAGUCACUGAAGCAGGCUGUGGAGACGAGGUGGAACACCAGACUUGCCAUGCUCCAGUCAAUAAAUGAUGCUCUCAAGUCUGGUAAGCUGCACGACAUCCUGCUUCGCAGAAGCGAGCUCCGUUACCUCAACAACAUAGACUGUGACCUUCUUGAGGACGUCAUCCAGCUCCUGAAACCUUUUGAUGAGGCUACCAGGCACCUCUCCAUCGAUCAGGCACCUACUCUUCACCUCGUCCUCCCAACCAAGGCAACCCUGCUGCAGGGUUUGUUGAUCCAGGAUGGAGAUAGUGCAAUUGUGAAAGAGCUGAAAGAGAAGUUGGCCCAGGCAGUGGAGUUGAAAUUCAAAAUCCACCUGUACCAUAAGCUAGCCACAGCUCUCUCUCCUAGCCUGAGGAGUUUCUUGAGGAAAACGCUCUCCGGUCAGGAGUAUGAGGAGGUCAUCAACACCCUGGCAGCACUCACAGAAACAGCAGGGACAGAGGAGAGAGCGAGAAGCCUUGAGAAGAAACAGGGUCCACCCCGAGAGGCAGUUCCCAGUCCCACAGAGGUGCACGACUUCUUUUCCUUUUGUGUUGAAAAGCAGCAACAGGAGGGGGACAGUGGUGGUAUUUCAGAGUCAUGGGGCCGCCAGUUCGUGGUAGAGUACAUGAGUGACUCUAAGUUGACAGGCUUCCAGUCUCUGCUCAACUUCUGGCAUGAGAGGUCUGAUGGGCUAGUGCCAGUUGCCAAGAGGCUGCUAGCAAUCCCAGCAACAAGCACUCCUUCUGAGCGUAGUUUCAGUGUUGCUGGGAGACUGAUUGAGGAGAGGCGUUCCACCCUCAAUCCAGAAAAUGUAGAUGAACUUUUGUUCCUACAUAGCAAUUUAUAAUGACAACUAUUCAUAUGUGCUGAAGAGUGGAAAAGUAGACUGAUAUGCACGGUGGCUGACAGACACACAGCAAACAGUUAAAACGUGCUGCAAACACAGGAAUGAAUCAAAUUCCAAAACAAAAAAACAAAUGCAACAGAAAAAAAAAAUCUGCAGUCACAGAAAAUAGAUGACACACAAUCAAAAAAAAAA